UGAUUUCUUAGGUGGUGGCCUUAGGAGAUGUGCCCGAUGGGACGCUGGUAACAGUAAUGGCUGGGAACGACGAAAAUUACUCCGCAGAACUCAGAAAUGCAACAGCUGCCAUGAAAAACCAAGUCGCAAGGUUCAAUGACCUCAGAUUUGUGGGUAGAAGUGGAAGAGGGAAAAGCUUCACACUGACUAUCACAGUCUUCACAAAUCCACCCCAAGUAGCCACAUACCACAGAGCCAUCAAGAUAACAGUGGAUGGACCUCGCGAACCCAGAAGACAUCGUCAGAAAAUAGAUGAGCAGACAAAGCCGGGGAGCUUGUCCUUUUCAGAGCGCCUGAGUGAACUGGAGCAGUUGCGGCGUACGGCCAUGAGGGUCAGCCCACAUCACCCAGCCCCCACACCUAACCCACGAGCUUCCUUGAACCACACCACUGCUUUUAACCCUCAGCCUCAGAGUCAGAUUCAGGAUACAAGGCAAGUACAGCCAUCUCCGCCGUGGUCCUAUGACCAGUCCUACCAGUACUUGGGCUCCAUUGCAGCGCCUUCAGUGCACCCUGCCACUCCGAUAUCCCCCGGGCGGGCUAGCGGCAUGACGUCCCUCACUGCAGAGCUUUCAAGCCGGCUGUCAAGUGCUUCAGACUUGACUGCGUUCAGUGACCCCAGGGUAGGAAUUGAUCGCUCAUUCUCCACUCUUCCCUCAAUUUCUGAUCCGCGGAUGCACUACCCAGGAGCAUUCACCUACACUCCAACACCCGUCAGUUCAGGGAUAGGAAUCGGUAUGUCUGCCAUGUCCACGGCUACAAGAUACCACACGUAUCUCCCACCUCCAUAUCCUGGUUCAUCUCAGGCCCAGGGCAGCCCGUUCCAGACCAGCUCACCUUCUUACCACCUCUAUUACGGGACCUCUGCGGGGUCGUAUCAGUUCUCCAUGAUCUCUGGGGGAGACCGGUCCCCGCCACGUAUCCACCCACCUUGCACCAAUGCUUCCACGGGAUCGACACUCCUCAACCCCAACCUUCCAAACCAAAGCGAUGUGGUCGAGGCAGAAGGGAGCCACAGCAACUCCCCUACUAACAUGGGUACCACAGCGAGGCUAGAGGAGGCAGUAUGGCGACCAUAUUGAAUGAAUUUUAAGUAGUUAUGGGCCAGGACUAAUGUGCUUUCUAUUUACCAGUGCCCAUAGGUAUUCCAUAAACACCUGUCUUGCUUGUGGGCCCUGACAUGUUUAUACAUCACUUUCAGAAGCAAACUAUCCAGAAGUCAGUGCUUCCAGGAAUGAUGCACGUAUUAGCCAGUCAGCUGUGUGGUUGGUGAAGUCAUUCCAACAAAGUACCCCUUGCGGAGGGCUGAACUUCUGGAAAGGAGGACAUUUAAGUUGGUGGUCUAUAGGUCAUGAGGGUGGGUAGACAGAUACUCAGUCUGUGUUCAGGCCUGUGGCUUCCAAACAUGCCUGGAUUUGAAGGUCUCCACAGCCCUAAAGAAAGUUUCAGUUCACUUCUAUUUUUAAGAUGUAAAACCUAACAAAAUCUUAGUGAGUUUACUGCAUCUUAUGGACGUAUAACUAUAAGGAAGUAUAGGAAGAUUCCCAGAGGGAAACUGUGAACGCUUCUGUUUUAGCAAUGCUGUGAAUGAGAGGUUUUAUAUGUUGGACUUUACUUUUUCUUUUUUUUUUUAAACCAUGUUGUAUAUUCCAAAGAGUAUGGAUUUUUUUUAUUGCUGUUAUUUUGUUUUUGUUUUUUUUUGUUGUUGUUGUUUGGGGUUUUUUUAGGAUGCAACUCAUCCUGCUUUGCAUCUAAGUUGUUUUAUUUCUCUUGGCACCUUAUAAAUUGCAAAAAAAAAGAUUUAACUUUUUUUUUUGUUUUAAUCAUGCUUGCUUCUUUCUUGCUUUGUCAACUGAAAGAAUCAGCCCCUUUUCAAUGAGGUAAUUUAACUUUUUUCUCUUGGACUUUUUUUUAAUACAACGGCUACAGCCUUGGGUCAUUUUCAACUACUGUACUACUUUAAUGAGUUCCUUGAUAUUUAUGCUUGAUAUUUAGACUUUUCUUAUUUGUUGAUACUAUUAUUAUUUAAAUAUGCCUAUAUUAAAAAGAUCAGCAAUUGCCUUUUUUGGUAGCAGCCAAAGUUAAAUUUAUCACAUUGAAAAAGGCUGGAAUAACGAUGGGUAAAGUGACCUCCUAAUUACCUGCAAAUAUUGUUUACAAUUAUCUCCCUUUCAUUUUACUCAGCUAACUCAGCUCAGAUCCUCAAAGGUAUUUAGGUGCCCAACUCCCACUGAAAUGAUUUGGGCACCAAAAUCUCUCUGAAUUUCUGUGCCUUUCCAUCCAGUUGAGUCAUCUCUCCCCACCCCUUCCCCACUUUUCCUUCAAUGCCAGUGGCAAACCUCAGGAUCAGUAAUAAGGUUAGACAUAGUUCAUAAAGCAGACUGAAUACUCCUUUAACUAAAUAAAUCCUCAUAAGGCCCCAUUCUGGUGCUGAGCUUACCUGGUCUUCCUAACAACUCCGGCAGAGGCCUCAAAGUUCUUUCAAAUGCAAAACCCACGCACAGUUAGUAUGGCCAGGGUGAAAUCCUGGCUCUGAUGGAAUCAGUGUGAGAUUUGCUCUUAGCUUAAUGGUGCCAAGAUUUCUGUGCAGUACAAAAGCUAUGUUCCAGCAUACUGGAAAAUAGAUUAAUUUCAUGCAUCACAAAAUAAAUAGAACUGAACAGGGUUGUCAAACUCAUCUGGAAAACAGGCUAGCAGAGAAGUGACCUUAACGGUUCCACAGUCACCACGUUCUGAGGGAAGAGGAAGGAUAUUUAAAACUGGUGCACAACAUUUUCUGUCCUGUAGCAAAUAUGCAAUGCUUAUACUAACAGCAUGUUAAUACAGAGUCGUCAUUGUUGCCCAUCGUUACAGCACAAACAUAUCAGAUGUCACUGUAAAGUUUAUGGCACUAUUUUAUUUGAGGGUUUGGUCUGAAUGCAGUUGUUGUACUACUCAUUAAUUACAAACUGCUGAUGUUGACACGUGUGCGUUCCAAAUGAUCUGAUUGUUAUUUAAUGUACCUCUUAAAUGAGUGAAACAAUUGCAGGUCAACUCAGAGAGUAUUUGAAAGCAGGACUUCAGAUCAGUGUUUGAUGUUAAAAAAAAAAAUUAAAAGGAUUCAAAUUAAAAAGAUCCUUGGCUGCAGGCAGCGAAACAGCUGGACUUAUUUAAAACCGUUUGUUUUUCAAGUUUUCUUUUUUAUAUGAUUUUGCUUCUUUGUUUAAGUCAGAUGCAGUAGCACUUUGGUAUGGAAAAGUUACAAAUUGAAGAAUCUUACAUUGUCAAUAAGGUCAUUUUUUUGUGCAGAAAAUAGGGAGUGUUUCAAGAGAUCUCAGCAAAAGUUCAAAAUGGUUCUGUUAAAAUACAUACAUGGCCUGUGUUUAGCAUAGUAUUAUUUAUCCUUUUUUGAGAGUAUGCUCUGAACAAAAAGGCAGAAAGCAUCAAAGGUUAUAUCAGGACAGUUAAAAGUAUAUUUUGGAAACAUGGAGACCUUGCUGAAUAUGGAAAUAUGGAGACCCUACCUGUUGUGACGUUUUACCUAGCUGGUAUCUCACCUCUUCAGUAGCCUAAAAAAAAGUCCUUCAUCACUAAACAGUAGCUCUGUUGCAAACCCUAAAACUGUCGCUGUGCAAUUAAAAUCAUCAUUUACGACAGGCUGCACAUCCACCUUGUGACUGGACCACCCAAGUGCACAGUACUGUGAGCAUGAACCCAAAAGUGAGGAAGAAGAGAGAAUCUAGCUGCCCCCCUGCGGAGGGCAUGGCUGCCGGUGGCUGGGUGACUUUGGCCUAGCGGUAGAAGUGAGGCUUAUGCGGUUCAUACACUCCCAGGCCUGUCUGUCGCCACAGCCACAACUGAUUUCGACUAUGUUCAUUUAAGCCCAUAGUAUUGUACUAUGCACUUUUGAAACUAAAACAGCAGUGAUUCACAAGAACGGAGAAAUGGCAUCCCUCGGCCUGCAGAUUAUUCCUAAUAUUUAACAUUUCUUAUGUCUACACUUGUACUUCCUUCACACUUGCCUUAAAUCUGAGGUUUAAUUUUGCACUCCCUGGUGUGAACUGUAUAAGAAAUUGCGGCAUUGGUUCCCACACUUACCCCAUGUCUUUAUUGAAAUGUAACAAAAACCUGGGAUUUCUCAGUGUCUCGUUUGGGAUAAUUGCUAGCAAAUAAUUUUUUGAGGCUAACCUCUCUGUGUAUGUCAAGCACAGAAGACCAAAGAAGCAUCCUCUUUACAGAGGAAAAUCUAAGUUUAUUAUCCCGUGCAAUUAGUCUGUUUAAUCACUGUGGGUUACAGUGUGUUCACUCAACUGUUUAUGAGAAACUACAGUUUCCUCAGGCCUCUAUUUUUGAAGCCAUCCCCUGGCCCACUAAAAACAGCAAAGCUCUUGGAGCUGUAAAAAUGCUUUUAUGUCAUUCCUCUCACAUCCAAAAACAUUUAGCAGGUAGAAAGAGGACAUUUGGAUAAAACGUUUCCCCCAUGGACACAUCUCCAAAUUAUAGUGUGCAUAUAUAAAUUUAUAUAAUGUGUGUGUGUAUGUGUACACACACACACAUACAUACAUACAUAUAGUUUUAUCAUCCCAGUUGCGGAAUGGAAUGAAAAAAAUACUAGUGCUUCUCUUCACAAGUCGCGUUCAGCAGAGUGCCUUGGAUUCCCUUCCCCUCACAAAAUAAGGUUGAUCACAGCCCUUACUGUCAGCUGGUGUGUUCCUUUCACAAGACACAAUUUGUCCAGAUGCAGCCUUAUCAGUCCAUUAAUAUAAGUAUAUAGAGCCCAGUUCUCAAUUGCUCUGAGGCCCAUUACUUUGCUCUUAAACUACAUUUAUGCUCACUUCAAGAGGUCCUGUUAUACAUCUAAAGCAACGUAAAGGAGCUUUUAUGUAACGUGGAGCCAAAUCCAGAGUGCAUCACUGCUCCUAAGGAUUUUAUUUGGAGAAUUGUGCCAAAUUAUCAUCUGGAAAGGAGAAAACCAGUUUCCUCCAAAUGGCCCACAGUCUUUGUCAGAGUGUUCCGAAUUGCUUGCACUCUUGAAACAUUCAUUACUGCUUUCUGGAUGACCUUUUCCACUAGGGUAUUUGAAGAUUCAGGAAAAGUGGAUCAUCUUCUGUUUGAGUAAAACACUUUCUUGUUUUCCUGCAUCAUAACAUUCUAGUAUUUUAUUUCUGUUAACCUUGCUUGGUCAGUACUGAUCACUUGGCAUUUUUUUCUCCUUGUCCUUAAAGGGUUGCAUCAACAGAGUUACUUGUAUUUAUGUAUGUAAAUAGAUUUCCAAAGCUUCAUAGCAAAAUAUUGUUAGUGCUUGUAAUUACUCUGCAUUUUUUUCAUUUUUCUGUGUUUUUAAUGAACUUACCUUUGUGUUUGCUUAAAUACUGUAGUGAGACUUAUUUCUUUCCAAAUUAGUUAUUUUAGGCUUCAAGAGUAACUACAUUUUAUUCACUUUUGUAAACAGUUAUAGCAUGGUCUCUAUUCAACACUCUUCACUUUUUUGUGGUAGGGGAGAAAUGAAUGUGCAAAAAUCUGUGGGUUAUUUGUGGUAUUCUGGAUACAAUAGUUACAUCUUUCUUUCAAACAAAAACUGAACUUUCACUCUGAGAUGGCAGUAUGGUAAGUCUGAGAGGAGAACACAGUGGGAAACGCACUCCUGUCAGAAUGGCAUCAAAGUGUAUUUGUUCAGCAUUUACUGGAUAUGUUUACAAAACAGAUGCUGCAACAUACUGGAACAGUCACAUUUUCCUUUGACACUGUCAUGCUGAACAUUUCCAGAAGGGGAAACUAUCAAGUUCUGGAGGUUUGCUUUCUUGGUUUUGGUUACAGGGGAUUUUUCUUUGGGGGGCGGGAAGGGGGAGGCCACUGUUUUCUGCUACCAAAUAGGAAAAAAGAAUAGGGUAGAUUUUUCCCCCACUACAGGAAGUCUCUAGAUACCACGUCAGAGUAGACUCUUGCUGUACAUAGUGAUGGCUGUGUCCAGCACCACGGGAGAAUUCAUUACAACUAGCACACAGAGCAGCUGGACUGCUGCGUUAGUUCUAAUGAAGACUUUCUUUCUUUCUUUCUUUCUUUCUUUCUUUCUUUCUUUCUUUGUACCACAGUUUCCUCUGUAAAUUCAAUAUCAUAAUUAGUGUGAAUGACAAAUAAAACGUUUGACAAGUAUG